AGAAGCGCCGACGUCUCAGCGACACGCAACUCGAGGAGGAUGUGAAAAUUUGACAUUUGUCAGCGCUGAACAGUGAGAGAGAGAGAGAGCAGCAGCAGCUGGAGUCACACACAGGCGGCGCGAGGCCGUGUGAAAACAAACUGCCCGCUUUUUAAUGGUCUGACUUAAAGACGCGCACAGCUGUCCAUCCGUCCGGUGAGCUGCAGACAGACGCAGGCAGUCAUGAUGGACUCUAUCUUAGACAGUUUAACAGCGGAGAAACUCUAUCCGUCCGGAGGGACCAACCUGUUGGACCUGGAGGAACUCAGCGACGGAGAUUUUCUCACUAAUGUGCCUUUCUCGGGUGACCAGAUGGACGACUUCAGCAGUGAAUUAUUUAACAGUUUCUUCGACGACCAUGUAUUAGAGCGACCCCUACUGGCAGAAAGACCUUCAUUUUUACACAUUGACAUGGACAGCAGCCCAGAUAUUCAAGCAGAGCACAGCUACUCCUUGAGUGAAGACUCAGCCCCCCAGAGCCCAGCCCUGUCAGUCAAAAUGGACCAAGACUCUGAGUUUGAGUGGAGCUUCAGCCAGGACCUGUCAGCUAUCUUGGUGAAGCAGGAGGAGCCUGAUGUUGGCCAAAGGUUAGAUCCUCAGCCUUUGGAAGCCCCGCCUCUCAUAUUAAGCCCUGCCCCUCCACACAGAGGCUCACCAUGGAAACACACGGAGUGCAGUCAAGAGGAUAUGAAGCUCAUUGCUAUAAAAGAUGAACCCAGAGAGAUUGGACAGUACCUCAGCCUGCCCAGCGAUGAUGCUCUCCAGCUGCCGCCCACCCCUCCCAGCAGUAACCACGGCGACAGUGAUGGCUCACUGCCCCCCUCCUCCCCACACCUCCCUCUGCCGCCGUCUUCCCCUCAACCACAACAGAGGCCAGGAGGUCGCGCCUCGUCCUCAUCCUCAUCUUCUUCGGCCAUCUCCUCUUCGCCCCUCCUCACCGCGCCGCAUAAACUGCAGGGUUCGGGACCCCUCAUGCUGACAGAAGAAGAGAAGAGGACCCUGGUUGCGGAGGGUUACCCGGUACCUAACAAACUUCCUCUCACGAAGAGUGAAGAGAAGGCACUGAAGAGAGUCAGACGAAAGAUCAAAAAUAAGAUCUCAGCUCAGGAGAGUCGGAGGAAGAAGAAAGAGUAUGUGGAAUGUCUGGAGAAAAAGGUGGAGAAUUACACGUCAGAAAACAGCGACCUGUGGAGAAAAGUAGAACACCUGGAGACAGCCAACAGGUCUCUCCUACAGCAGCUCCAGAAGCUUCAGUCGCUGAUUUCAGGGAAGGUCAUCCCCCGUUCGUGUAAAAUGGCCUCAACUCAGACAGGAACAUGCCUCAUGAUGAUGGCCCUGUGUUUUGUCUUGGUGUUGGGCUCCUUCUCUCCCUGCAUUUCUCCCCUCUCCCUGGUCAGUCACACCUCCUCUUUGCCCUCCUCCCCCGCUUCUUCUCAGUCCUCCCCCUCUUCUCAUUCUUCUCCAUCGGCGGACCUCUACACCACCAGUCAGGUCCGCUCCCGCAGCCUGCUCUUCUACAACGAAGAGGCUCCACUGGAGGAGAGUUUAGCGACAUCAGAAGGAGAGAGGCUACAGUCAGAAGGCCACUCCCACAACCAGAUCAGCCGAUACACAGCUGACGGCCACAGCAACCAGACAAGCGGGUCCAAGAUAGAGCAGAGAGAAAGAAAACCAGAUGGAGACUCUGAGUUUUUCUGACACAGCUCAGCCUCUCCUCAUCUAACUUCUCAGCCCUGAAUCCCUCCAAAGGACCCCAAUGCUCCAGGUUGCUGAAAUCAACAUCCAGCUGGACCAAAAAACGUUUUCUGUUAGUUUGUUAGAAAAUCCAUUAUCAUCAUCUCCUCUAGUGAGCUUAGAUUACGGCUCCCAUCCUGCACCUCUGUUACCAUGCCUUUAUCUACAGCGUCACUUCUCUGCUUUGACAGACUCUGUUGUACUUGAACAUUCUCGAUUUUAAACAGACCUUCGUGCUGGAAUCUCCAUUGUUAUGCACAAAAAAGAAUCUUGCAUCAUUUUAAAUACUCAACGAAUCUUUUUUUAUAUGUAGUUAUUAAAAAAUAGUUUAUAACUCACAAAACAUUAAAAACACAGUCGCCUUACUAAACUUUAAAGAACCUGCAGUCAGAGCUUAUAGAUUUGAUUGGCUUAAACAGGCCAUGAGCACAAAAUAGCCACAGCUGCCAAAAUGAAAGGCAUAUAUGAGUCACUUAUGCUGUGAUCACGCGUAAAGACCUUUUGUGUUACUUUGUUAGACAGCCCUAAAGAUGACCAUCUAAAACAGUUGUUUCCCGUUUCCAGAAAUAUAUUUAAUUCCUCCCCAAAACAAAUGAAGUGUAGCGUUCCUGUUCAGAGCAAAGCAACGCGGUCUUUUUGCAAGAGCAAACAGAAAGAAUUAUGGGAAUGUGGCUGAAAGAAAUGUAAAAAAAAAGGCAGUGUGCAUUUAAAAACAGUGAAAACGUGACGUCCACUGUGGGAUUCUAGUUUUUAUCAUGUAGUUCUUGUACUUUUAUUCCAAGAUGCUCCUGAUGUGCCACAUUAGGUUGGUGAACAAAGCACGAAGGGCUGCAUCUGCUUAAUAUGUCAUCAAUGUGUAUUUUUUCCGCAGUAUGAGCCUCUGUUGUGUUUUUAGGUCAUCUCUCCUCUGCUCUCUGUUUCCCCGUAUACGUGAAAGCCCUUCCUGUACACACAGAGUGGAGCAGAGCAGUUGACCUAAUAGGAACAUUUGUAACAGGAAACACUUUUAAGCCAAGUGUGAAAUAGAUAACAGCAUGUGUAAGCACCAACACCAACUAGGCAUCAACAUAUGCUUUUGGAAGCCGUGCCAUUCUGAAAGUGCCUUCCACUUCGCUCAGUUGAAUAUGACCAACUUGGCCUUACACCUAAAGUCCCACAUGGAAACACAGGCCUGAAAAUGUUCCUCGAACUAAACGAUUUGUUUAUUCUGUUGCAGAAAAUGGAUGAAUCAUCUUUUUUUAAAUCUGGGUGAAACCUUUUUAUUUCACAUUCCUUUACACAUUUGAGAUCACAACAGUCGCAACUUGUUUGACAAAGAUCUCUCUUACAGAUCCAAAAAAAGUUUCGCUUAGCGCAAUCAACACAGGGUGUGGAUCUUUUAUCUGGCUUUAAGAAAAAAAUUAUUUCCAUUACGCUUCAGCUUUUUUACAUCUGCAUCUGACAUUUGAAUAAUUGAAUAAUUUUUUCCAGCUCUGACCAAAAUUCUGCUCUGUUUCUUUUGGGAGAGAGAUCAUAUUUUCAUACCGAGGGAUCAUAAAGAGGUUGGGGAAACAUGACAAAAGUAUUUUUAUGAAAUUAUAAAAUGUAUAUGUAAUAUAUUUGCAGCAUUAAAAAAGAGCAUAUUUAAUUUAUGCAUCAAAAAAAAAGUUACUUUAUCUUAUUGUCUCCAUUUUUUUUAAAAAUAACGUUUAAAAAAAGCAUAAAAAUACAACUUAUAAUAUAUUCUGAGCAUCAAAAAAAGAGCAUAUUUAUUUUAUGCACAAAAAAAAGGAAACAAGGAAAUAGUGCUACGUUGUGUUUUGGCAUUUAGGAUGAUGUAACGUUUUACAUGCUGAUUCAUCAGGUGUAAAGCUUUGACAUGAUCUGUUUCUGUCUUUUAACUGUAAUACAGUGUUUAUGUUCCACUGCUGUCGCAUGAAAAUCUCUGAGGGUUCCUCGCAGUAAUUUGACCAAAAAUAAUCUCCAGAAUAUAAGAAAACAAAAUAUUUGGGAAAAAAGUUUAAUUUCUAUAUAUAUUUUUUUGGUAAUUAAAUGUAAAAAGUAAACUUUGAAUAAACUACACAAAAAGUAUAGCAAUCCUGAUAUAAAAAUGUGGUCAUGCGACAGCAGUGUAUGUUGUAUUUAUUCCUGUUUGUAGAAAGUUUGUAUAUAUUGAUGAAGCCAUUUAAAUGACUAAUACAUUCCAGGCAGUAAAACACCACUAGUUUUGUUAAUUACAUAACUUGAUUGAAAACUGACCAAAAAAAAACAAACACUUUUUGACAAGGUUCAAGAAACAGUGGGAAAAAAAACACCCUUAAUGACCGGUAUUCCUUCAAAAUAAAAGCCUUAUUCAUUAUUUAAAUCCUUUAAGAACGUUCUGCCACUUCAAAAUCAAUUUUAAGCGCCAAAAAUUUAGCUACCACAGAUUUUCUGCUUUUCUUACUCACGUCGUCUGUAUCUGUUUCACGUUGUGACUGUUCCGUCAUGCCGCACAUGCUCCAAAAAAAAGAAAAAAAGAAGAAAAUCAUGUGACUGCAGCCUGUCAUUUUCACCCGUGAGUCUUAAUGCACCGAUGUACAUAAAAAAAAAAAAGACAACUUAAUGUGCAGUUGUUGUAAAUAAGGGUCUUGUUUUUGUAUUGUGACAUAGUCCAAGAUCUUAACCUGUGGAAUCUAAUGGGGAAAAGAAAAUUAGAGGGGUGGGAUUUAAAAAAAUAAAUAAUGGGGUGGGUGAUUUUUUUUUUUCAACUUGUAAAGAAACCUGGAUGACGAAGCAGCUGCACAGUUUGAAUAGUUGUCAAACACCAGGAGGUGCUUGAUUAUUCCAACCACUCCAUGAAGAUUUGGAAUCUAUUUGAAUGUCCUGAGGGAAUAAUCAAGCAUUUCCAGGGAGUUCACUUAUUUGAAAUGUGUAUGGAUAUGUCGCCUUGGUUUGUUGUAUAGCGUCUUGCAUGUUUCUCCAUACAUAAAUAUAUCUAUGUUAUCUUAGUAUAGUCAGUAGAGUAGAAUCCAGCAAAAUAUUAAAAAACUGCAUCAGCAA